CCGUUUUACAGGAGGGACUUGGUAGCAGAACAAGUUUCGCUUUCAGCAGUGGAAUGAGGAACAGGCCAGUUUAAAGUAGUGCAGCGUCUCUGCCCAAAUGGCAGGAGGAGGGAAGAGAGCUCUCUGUUGUGGCGCCUCGAAAGUUGUGAUACUGGAAGCAGCCUAAGUACACAUCGGAUGUCCCUGAUUAUGGAAGCUGACAUGCAAAAAGCAUGUUUGUCCAGGACUUUGUGCUGAGACAACGGACAGAGAUACUGCAUGCACUGUGCAGCAGCGGGUCAGCUGAGCAUCUGGAACAGGUGCUGGACAUACUGCUGUCCCAGGGGGAGCUCCUAUGGGAGGACUACCAGAACAUACAGGUACCGGGUAGGGCACUGUAUACCAAUGCCAGGCAGUUGCUCAACCUGGUUUAUACAAAGGGUGUGGACACCUGUGGGCUCUUCCUUGCCGCUCUCAAACAGGUCCUACCUGAAGCUCAGGGAGUUGGCCUAUCAUUUCCAGGAUGCUGUUUGAAUCUAGUGGAAAAAGAAGAAUACCAGAGCACGUCUACUCAGAUUGUUCUGAUUCAGAGACCAAGCCUGGUUAGCAAGCUACAAGGCUGCAUUGAUGGUGCUCUAAAAGCUCUUGUCCUAUCAGGACACUUCACCUCAGCAGACUGCGAUGAGGUGCAGCUACCUAUACACACCCCAUCUCAACAGGCAAGGCGUUUGCUUGACCAUAUCACAUCAAAAGGAGAAUCAGCGGCAGAGGUUGUGCUGCAGUACAUUGAGCAAAAACAAGAAUCUGGAUGUCCACUGAACCAGGAGGAAUGGACUCCUCCCAAAGAGGUCUUAAAGUAUCAGAAGAAGCUCAGCAGUUCUGUGUCGGCUCAGUCCUGCUUCCUCAGUACUUAUGGAGGAACUAGCCACAUGUCUCUGGAUGACAUCUACACUGAAGGCCAGGUGGAGCUAACUCAUAACGGCGUUGAUGCCCAUGGACCUUUGGGCCUGGAGGACAUCCUUGGUACAGCGGGUACAGUGAACAAGGAGGCUGACACGGUGCUGGUGUCUGGGGAUGCGGGCGGCGGGAAGAGCACUUUACUCCAGAGGCUGCACUUGCUUUGGGCUCGGGGGGCAGCCCUCCAGGACUUUCUCCUUCUGUUCCCAUUCAGCUGUCGCAGGUUGAACUCGGAGCACAGGGAACUGUCUGUCCAGGAAUUGCUGUUUCAGCACUGCUGCUGGCCAGACAGGGAGCAGGAGGAGAUCUUCCAGUUCAUUCUGGACCACCCUCAUCUCAUCCUCUUCACUUUCGACGGCCUUGAUGAGCUCAAGCAGAGCUUUUCAGAUGAAUACAGGCUCUGCUCCCCCACCCAGCGUGCACCUGUUCACAUACUGUUGUUCAACUUAAUCCAGGGUUCCCUAAUGAAGGGUGUGCGUAAAGUGGUGACUAGUCGCCCAGAGGCGGUGGGCCCUGUUUUGAAGAAACAUCUUCGCAAAGAGGUCCUCCUGAAAGGCUUUUCCCCAAGUGGGAUUGACUGUUUUGUGAGGAAGCAUCACAGUGAUCCCGCUGUGGCUGCUAAGGUUUUGGAGUCCCUACAGACAAACACAGCAUUACUUGGACUGUGUCAUAGUCCAGUCCUCUGUUGGAUUGUCUCACAGUGCCAUAAGGAGCUGCUAGGCUGUGGCGAGGGCAGCCCUCAAACAAUCACAGACGUUUACCUCAUGAUCUUACAGCACUUUUUCCAGCACCAAAGCUCCCUGAAGAGCACCACACCAGGGUCAGGUUGGCUUCAGGAACACCUAAACACAGUCUUGCAUCUAGGGCAGCUUGCAUUUGAGGGGAUAGGAACCAGCUGUUACGUCUUCUCAGAUACAGACCUAGAAACAUGUGGUGUAACUGAGAAGGAUAUCUGCAUGGGCUUUCUCAUACAAAGCAAAGAUAUGUCCUCCACCCACAGUAAACGCUAUGAAUUCCUUCAUUUGACUAUGCAAUGUUUCUUUGCUGCUCUGUACGUGGUUUUGUCGACUGACACUGACCGUUUAGCUAUCCCAAAGCUCUUUGAGGCACAGAAUGUGAAGGAGACAUGUCAGAACAGCACAUGCUUUGGGGUCUGCUUGCCUUCCACUGACAAACAACAGCAGACUUUAGUGAGAGAAACUAGACCAAAUCUGCAAAUCACUGCCACCUUUGUGUCUGGACUACUGUCUCAGCGCCAUCGAGGCCUGUGGCUCCACUGCUGCCCCAGCGCUGUGAUGGAGAAGAGGGUCAGUCAGGUGGUGAAAUGCCUCUCCAAAGGCAUGCAGAAACACUUUAGGUCCAUCCCUCAACCUGUAGAGGGAGAGAAGAAGAGCAUGCACGCAAUGCCAGGCUUCGUCUGGCUUAUCAAAUGCAUCUAUGAGAUGCAGGAGAGCCGGAUUGCUAAAGACACCAUGGGUAGGCUGGUGGUGGACCACCUGAAACUGACCUACUGUAACAUUGGUCCUGUGGAGUGCACUGCACUAGCCUAUGUGCUCCAGCAUUUAAGGAAUCCUGUAGGCCUCCAGCUGGACAACAACUCUGUAGGUGAUGUUGGAGUGGAGCAGCUUCUUCCCUGCAUGCAUGUUUGUAAUUCCCUGUACCUCAGAAAUAAUAACAUUACAGAUGAGGGGAUCCGCAAACUGCUUGCUAAAGGUAUCCAGUGUGAAAACUUCAGGAAAAUUUCGCUCUUCAACAACAAUCUAACUGAUGCUUGCACACUGCACUUUUCUCAUCUUCUGAAGACCAAGCAGAAUUUCCUUGCUCUAAGGCUAGGCAACAAUAAUAUAACAGAAGUAGGAGCUAAGCAGCUGGCAGAGGGACUGAAAUUCAACCAUUCACUGCAGCAUUUAGGGCUUUGGGGCAACAAGAUAGGUGAUGCAGGAGCAGAGGCCCUUGCCAGCGCCCUAGAGAGCAGCACAUCUCUGCUGUGGCUUAGCCUUGUAGGCAAUGGUGUGGGGAGUGCAGGAGCAUGUGCCCUCGCCAACAUUAUAAAGAACAGCACGUCACUGGAAGAGCUUUGGUUGACAGAGAACUGCAUAUCCAGAACAGGAGUGGAAUGUCUGAUUCAAGCCCUACAACACAACACUCAUAUGAAAUCAGUGUGGUUGAUAAACAAUGACCUCAGUGUGGAGGAGGUAGAGGAGAUGACACAACGGGAAUCAAGACUAAUCUUCUGAUUUUGUAUCAAUUUGACCAAGGACUGUGUACUGCUUUAAGAACUGUGUCUAUUUAUUAUAGGAAAUAUUUUAUGUCAAACUGUGAAAUGUAAAAUAUGCUAAAGUGCAUCUUGGUGACCAAAAUGCCACUGUUUGGAGUUCAUCCAAAUAAACUAAAUGUAUCGACCUUUAUUGUGGGUUUCUUUU